GAGCGUAACUCUCACGCGUGCUCGAAAAUACGGGCUUAUCCCCACUCGUUUCUAAUUAUUCACGAAAUUUCUAAAAUAUAUAUAAUGUGUACUUACGGGAUUUUCUUGAGGUGGGGAAGAAAGGAGGAUUCUGCCGUCAUUCCGAUAAACAAGAGAAUGCGUUCUGAGUCGCCGUCAGCCAAAAGGAAAUCGUUCCCUUUGCCGGAUUUACAGAGGGACUCACUUUUACUUUCUCUCAUGGGAGGUGAGCCCGAAGAGAAGGUGGUCAGGCGCCCCAUUCGCACGCUCCAUCUUCUGCGGGAAGGUGCUCUCUCUGGACUUCUGUUGGCGGAUUAACACAAGAUGGCACUCGCGCCUCGCCUCGUGCUGGCGGCGGUGCUGGUCUCCACAACUCUCACCUCCGCCUCGCGACGAGACUCCAUGGAAAACGUGAGUGGUGAGAUUCUGAACGAUCGUGACAGCCAGAUCUUAAUUCCCGAGCAUAAUGCUGUGGUUGACAAUGGUCUUCCGGGACUCCACUUUUACACGCACGAUAACGUCUCGGUAGUAAUGGACUGUAUCAUAGCUAUGAACGCAGCUUACAGGCACGAACUUCUCGCAUCAAAGUGGGAGAAGGUGCUCUAUACUUGCCAGACACGUGAUGGUUCCGCUCACUUUCGCUCUCGGAGAGCAGCGCCAGAUCCAAAUGUGCAUAGGGCGGAUGAAACUGCCCCGGAAGCACGUGGAGCGAACUUUUGGGAGUCGAAGAAGUUCUCACCAGGAGGAGGUGAAGCAGCUGAAGAGGAGCUGAACCAUCCCACACUUGAUACACUCGGUAUUCGUCUGCGGAGAUCCAGAUACGACAGCGGUUCCGGCCGGAGCAGGCCUUCAUACACCAGCCCUCAGGAGCCCAGAUCUCUCCUCACCAGGAUACAGCCUCGUCUUCCGUCUGAGGAAAGGAGAGGGCAGAGGAAGGGA